AUGGUAGACAAUACUUCUACUCGUAUUCGAAAAGUUGGUGGUGUUCGUUUUAAUGUCGAUGCAACAGAUUCAUCAAACAAAGAUGAAGAAAAUCCAUUUAAGACCAAUGAAUUGCAAUGGGAACAAUAUUGUAAAAACCGAUAUUCGUUUGAUUUAUAUUUUGGUAUAUUGAAACUUUCUCAUAGUUAUACAAUGACAAUCGAUGUGGUUUUUCAUCAAGUUCCUAUCAAACUAGAGACAAUCUUCGAUCAUCAACCUAUAGAUGGAUUGCAAUUAUUGGUGACUGAAUUAUCACAGUCUCAUUCUGAAAAUCGAACCAGUUUUCAAGUUGAAGUUAUCAUUAAUCCAGAUACCAUACCUGGAUCUUUUCAUCGAACUUUUUUAUUGAGAGAAACAUCGACAUCACAACAAAGAACUGUUACGGUAAAUGUGAGUGGAAAAAUAUUGCGUGAAGGUCAAGGAACAGCAGCAUUGAAACAUGAUGUUCAUAUGAAAUCAAUAAUAACAAAAGCAAAAGAUGAUGAAGAAUGA